GUCUUUUUCACCUAGUCCGAUUCAUAUGCUUUGGUAUGGCAUCCUCAUUCUACAAGCCAGAUGAAUCGGACUUGCCAGAUGUGACGAAGCCAAAGUCCUCAAUGAAAAUGUCCAGCCAUAGUUCAUAUCCCGAUGCGACGCUAUUAGACCAUCAUCCUCCUGACAUCAUCUUGCGCUCAUCGGACAUGGUCGAUUUCCCCGCUCAUAAACUCGUAUUGCGUAUGGCAUCUGCUUACGAUAUUGUUGAUCGCUGCGUAGCAGGAGCCCCUCUCUCCUCAGAUGGGAUCCCAAUCGUUGAUCUCGCUGAGAGUAGCAUCAUUGUUGGGGCACUUCUCGAACGCUGCUACGCUGGUGGAGACGUCAGCACGCGUACUGUUGACACUAAUAAAGAAACCCAGGUUUGGCGCGCUGCGAGGAAAUACAAAAUGAAGCGGCUGGCAGAAGCAGUGAAGAGUCAACUUCUGUCACGAAUACGCGCCUCUCCAUUCAAGACAUAUUUCACAGCGGUCUCGUGUCAUUGGCAGAUAGAAGCUGAGGAAGCAGCUCGUGAUAUCGCUUCGCAAGGAAUAUGUUUGUCCACAAGCUAUGUCACCGAGAUGGAUGAAAUGGGAACUCUUGAUGCAUACCGAAAACUUCUCCGCUUCUGCCACAAAGUCUCUCAGUCACAGUACCAAGUAUUACAGGCAUUGUCUCUUGACAUGCCGAAAUUGGAACAAGGAGACCCAUGGUAUGAUCCAGCAUUCUCUCGUCCUUCCAAGAUUCCAGUAGGGAUCAUCCUCCGCCUACUGAAGGAUCUGGGACAAAGUAGCUAUCAUUCAAAAUUUGUCAGACAGGAUUAUGACACCAAUCCCAUGGCGUUCGGCAGAGAGCUGUUCUCAAGGUACACACCGGUGGAACAGCAACUUUUGGACGGGUUGUUCAAGAUUACCUUGGAAUUAUGAGCGCAGUUCGUAGAUGCAUGCUCAAGGUCUGAGAAUAAUGUUUUGCUAUAUUU